AUGACGUUUCAUGAACGAGAUAUCAAUUACGACCUCAGAUACUACCAAUCUACCCUAGAACCCAACCUUGAGAUGGCCAUCUCCAUCCAAGACCAGCAAAGAAUCUUUCUUGCUUACCGAGCGCUCUUCGAAGGGCAAAAUGCUCAAGUCAGGCAACCUAAGGCAAUUAGAAAGAUUGUAAACUCUAGCAGGAACUCGUCACCUCUGGCACGGAACCUCGGGUCUGACAAAGUCGUGUCUGUGCUCAAAGUACUUCUUGAAAGAGGCAUAUUUUCUUCGGAGCUCAAAGCUAAGCUCGCAUUCCCUGUACUUUACGAGACUUCACCUGAACAAGAUGCGCGUCAUGAGGCCUCGGAUGCAGGUGCUGCAAAAGAAGAAGCGGAGGCAUUGCAAGAGGUUGAGGCUUUGGAUAAUGCUGCCGUAGAAGAAGUCGAUGCUAAAGUUCUCUACUUUGAAGAUGCUAGUUUGAAUGGAGAAAGCAAGCUUCCCGCCACCGUCGAGAACCCUGAAAACUUCCAGCCAAACAAUGAAGACAUUAUGCAGGAAUCAAAUAUCGACGUGCCAUUACUUUAUCCGGUGCAAUUCCCGUUUAAGGUACAACACUUAGUCCUCGCUAGGUCGCAGCAAUUACUUGAAGAAAGUUGCUAUGAAUUCACUCAGAAGUACGCGCCUAGCCUGCUAAUAGAAAAAAAUUGGGAUUGUUCCGAAGCUAUUGAAUUGAACAAGUGGACGCUCACAAUGAUCAAACGCUUCGGAAAACUUCCUACUGGGGCAUUCAAGAAAUCUGAUGCUGAUGUUCAUGCAUUACUGCUUGCCGUCAACAAGCUCCGUCAUUCCGCAGUACAUCGUUUGCGCAUUAGCGCCAAAGGAGUCGUCCAGAUGGUUGACGCAGCCGUACAAUUCACGGAAAGCCUAUCAGAUUCAGCUCGAACAUCGCAGCUGGAAGAGCUUUGUCAGGAGCUCAAGAGCAAAAUCAAAUCCCAGGAAUUAAACAAGAAUUAUCUGGAGACGAAGUUAAAGGACGAGCUUGAUGAAAUCAAACGCCAACGCAAAGAGCUAGCUAAACGGGAACGCGCGGCCAUCUCCACAAUGGUAACUGAGGACGAGGACAAUAUGCGCUUCGUUGGAUCCCUUUUAGAGGGCAAGCUUCCUAACAUCUUAGGCGGUGACUCUGCAAAUGAUGAAUCCGACAGAUUUAGCCCCAAUGACCAUCUCGACGAUGACGGAGCUGACGCCACAGAUGAGGCUUCAUACAAAGAAGAUUCACCUCAAGAGUCCAAGGUGCUGAAACUACUCGCAAAUGGAGUCAAACAUAAUCAUGAAAUUAAUGAUAUAGGGGAUUCCGCCAAUGCUGUCGAAGGAAGCUCAACAGUCAAACAGGAUAGGGUUGGCUUGCAGAACCCCAGAAAAUAUUCAAGCAACUCAGCUGGAAACGACCCCCCUAACGAGGCUUUAUUCACUGAGCCUACAGCUACAGAGCCUGAACCAGAGCCUGAACCAGAGCCUGAACCAGAGCCUAUUGUGGAUGAGGCCAGUAUAAAAUUUCCCUCGGUGAGCGAACAACCCGCGGAAGAACCGGAGUAUAGGGUACCUGCUAUAGAAAUCCAGCCAGAGAUUGAAGCACGAGCUACUGAACCGCUUAAGCUAGCAAUUCAAUACGAUUCAAUUGCAGACGCCAUCCAAGAUAUACUCAAAGAUCAGGAAAUCGAUAUCUCCUAUCUUAGACAGAAGAAGGGAAAAGGCAAGAAAAAAAAGCAUCGCCACGCAUACGAUAGUGAGAUGAUAAAGAUCAAAACAGCCGUGUCUGAAAAUCUGCGUCGUAGUUUUGAGAGUGUAUAUGCUUCUCUAUCCUCUUUUUAG